AAUAUUUUUUUAAAUCCUUAGAAAUAGAUAAUUAUGCCAUUUUUCCAACCAAAGAUAAAAAUAGCAAGAAAAAAGUAUUUAAUCCAAACUGAAAUUGAAAUUUAUUUUUUUGAUAAAAAAAAAAAUUGAAAUUUAAAAGUUGAAUCAUUGCGUAGUUUGCGAGUGCUGGGGGAUUAUUGAAUAUCUUACGAGUAAAGACUCCAUCUUCACUUUAUUGAGGUUUCAUUUCAGCAUCCUUCAACUUGAUCGCUAUAAGCCAAGCCAAACCAUGUACAGUAAUACUCCAGAAGAGGAGGAGGAGACUUCCGUUGACUGCUUCAGCGAUGGCUUCGAUGAUGCUUAUUUCGACGAUGCCCUUAGCACUGAUGAUCUCUUCUUGGAAUCUAAUUGUGAUCAUCAUCAUGAUCACGAUGCCAAUCAUUCCAACCAUCUUAUUACUAAGCAUCAAAAUUACAGGAUCCUCAAGGAAGAUGAUAUCCGUCAACGCAUGGAGGAUGAACUUGCUCAAGUCUCCUCUGUGCUUUCUCUUCCAAAACCUGAGGCAAGUAUCUUACUCUGCUUCUUCAAUUGGUCCCUCACUAAACUCCAUGAUUCUUGGUUUUCUGAUGAGUUCGCUGUCCGUGAAAAAGUGGGCUUGCUUCAGAAAACACUUUUGCUUCCCGAAAUUUUCUCAAUUGAUUCUGCAAUUAUCACUUGUGGGAUUUGUUUCGAUUCCUACCCCCCUGAUAGGAUCAGCUCCGCUGCCUGUGGCCACCCUUAUUGUAACGAUUGCUGGUCUAGUUAUAUAAGCACUUCUAUUAAUAAUGAUGGUCUUGGGUGUUUGAUGCUCAGAUGUCCUGACCCAUCUUGUCGUGUCGCCGUGGGUCAGGACAUGAUCGACUCAUUGGUGUCCAAAGAUGAUAGAAACAAGUAUGCUCGGUGCCUUGUUAGGUCUUACAUCCAAGAAAAGAGGAAGAUAAAGUGGUGUCCUGGUCGAGACUGUGAUUGUGCUAUUGAGUUUUUUGAUGGGGAUAAAAGCUUUGAUGUUUCUUGUCUAUGUUUUACUAGUUUUUGCUGGAAUUGCGAUGAGGAAAGUCACCGUCCUGUGGAUUGUGAGACUGUGAAGAAGUGGAUUUCCAAGAACCAGUCGGAGUCUGAAAACGUUAAUUACAUACUAACCUACUGCAAGCCUUGUCCUAACUGCAGGAGACCAAUCGAAAAGAAUGAUGGUUGUAUGCACAUGACUUGCAGGGUCUGUAGACAUAGCUUUUGCUGGUUAUGUCUUGCUUCGUAUGAAAAUCAUAGACAAUGUAAUGGAUAUCUGGAUAAUGUAGUGAGGAAAAAGGAGAUGGCAAAGCAAUCUUUAGAGAAAUAUACACAUUAUUUUGAGCGAUGGGAUGCCAAUCGAAAGUCGAAACUAAAAGCACUUGCAGAUUUUCAACAUGUGAAAAAUGUGAAAUUCAAAAAGCUUAGUGAGAUACAAGGCAUACCUGAAGACAACUUGGAUUUCAUAACAAAGGCAUGGCUGCAGGUGGUUGAAUGUAGGCGAGUGCUGGAAUGGAGUUAUGCAUAUGGAUACUACCUGCCUGAAAAUGAGCUUGCUAAGAAACAGUUUUUUGAGUACUUGCAAGGGGAGGCAGAGUCUGGACUGGAAAAACUUCAUAAUUGUGCGGAGAAAGAGCUGGAACAGUUUCUUGAUUCUGAUGGUCUAUCAAAGGAUUUCAUUAAAUUCCGGACAAUGCUACUUGGCCUUACCACUGUAACUGGAAAUUACUUUGAGAAGCUGGUAAUAGCAUUGGAGAAUGGCCUAUCUGAUGUGGUCUCCCAUGAGGCAAGCAGCUCGAGGGAUGAAGUAGAAGAUUAUUGGUUUUGUGAUCUUUGCACUUAUGCCAAUCCUGUGUCUGUCCUGGAAUGCCAGAUGUGCGUCGUGCUUGAUGAAGAUGAAGUUUAGAGAUAGAGAUUCUUCUGUAUACUCAUGUGCGCAACUUAGGCUAGCUCAGUGCUCUGUAGUCUCACUCAUCAAUUUGCCAAACAGGUUUAGGAAUAACUUGUGCCUUUGUUACUGAUUAUAUAUAUAUAUAGUCAGACUUGACAGCAAAUAACAUCAUUUCUAUUUUGAAACUCGUCAUAUUAAAAAUAUCGUUCUUAA